CAGAAGUUCAACAAUGAUUUCGAACUUCCGAUAUUGUGCUUCUUGGCUUGAGUUUGGGGGACUGACCAGCAGUAUGUCUAAGAACCGGGACACUGUGGUGACAGUGGGCUUCGGCCAGGGGAGCAAGGUGGAUAGUGUGCCCAUGGGCAGCCGGAUGACCCACAUCCCAGAGGCCUUGACUGGGCAGCGGGGUCCAGGCAAACCCCAGUCUUCAGGCCCGAGGCAUGGACGUCUGAUGCACCAGAGCACCCUGUCACUAGGGGACCCACAGGGAUCUGGGACCAGCUACACAACCACACACACUCAGAGUUACUGUGGGCGGGAGGCCGAUGGCCAACCUCUGGUCUUCUUUCUCCGAGAUCCCGCCUACCCCUCCCAGCACACCAGUCAGCUGGACCUGAGUCACACAUCCACCAGCCAAUUACAGACACACAGCAGAGACAUCCAUAACCCCAAAGACAUCAUCCCGUUCAAUGUUCUUCAUAGGCUGGGUCAGAGUAAUUGGUCUCGUAAUCGCGAGGGCGUGGCCAUGAGAGAGGUGACCAAUCCCAAGGAGCCCACCCCCUACUGGACGACCUAUCGCAGUGAGCACAGGAGUCCUAGCCCCUCUCCCUCACCACACGACCCCACUGGUAGACCCACACUGUGGCAUCAACAUGAUAUACUGACAGGUAAUACACACUGUUUCCUUCUGACAUUUUCUCAUGUAAACCCACAGUGA